UGGUAGCGGCGGCGGCUCUGGUGGCGUUUUUACGAUCGGUGGUUAUAUGGAUGAAGACAAGUAUAACCUCAAGAAUCCGGCGGUGAAGAGGAUCUUACAAGAGGUUAAGGAGAUGCAAUCCAAUCCGUCUGAUGAUUUCAUGAGCCUACCUCUCGAGGAGAAUAUAUUUGAAUGGCAAUUCGCAAUUAGGGGUCCGAGGGAUUCUGAAUUUGAAGGAGGGAUUUAUCAUGGAAGGAUCCAAUUGCCUGCUGAGUAUCCAUUUAAGCCACCUUCUUUUACGUUGCUUACUCCAAAUGGACGAUUCGAAACCCAAACUAAGAUUUGCUUGAGCAUAUCAAAUCACCAUCCGGAGCAUUGGCAACCAUCUUGGAGUGUGAGGACUGCUCUAGUGGCACUGAUUGCAUUCAUGCCCACCAGCCCGAAUGGUGCUUUAGGUUCUCUAGAAUAUACAAAAGAAGAGCGGCUCGCCCUAGCCAUCAAGUCUCGUGAUGCAGCACCUAAAUUCGGGAAUCCAGAACGCCAGAAACUUAUUGAUGAGAUACAUGAAUAUAUGCUAAGCAAGACUCCCCAUGUUCCUCAACAUAGUCCUUCACUUUCCUCAGAUGAACACCCUAUCGAAAGGGAAGGAGAAGCCAAGGCCCAUCAGCAAGAUUCUGUUACCGUCGAUGCUGAGGCCGAGCACCCGAAUCAAGAAGCAAGUGACAGGGUUGUCGAAGAACAACCCGUGGAUGCUGGGAUUGAACACCCAAAUGAAGAAGUAGGUGGCGGGGUUGUAGAAGAACAACCUGUGGAUCCUGGCAACGCUUAUCCCUUUCCCGCAUACACAAGAGUUGUGAGAGAGAUUCCUGCAGGGGCACCAAGAAACCAGCCACUGCAAAGGCCAAAGAUGAGGGUUCAACAAUCUGCUGUCGCUGACCGCUUGUUUACAUGGGCUGCUGUCGGACUUACUAUCGCAAUUUUGGUUCUUUUGUUUAAGAGGUUCAUCAAAUCGGGUGGUCAUGGUGCUGUUUUCAUGGGUGGUUCAUAGUUCCACCAACAGAGAAAUCUAUCAAAAUAUAUGUUUGUUUUUAAAUUAGGAUGGGAUCAAUUUGAAGUAUAUUGAGCUUUUGUAAUUAAUUUAUGUAAGCAGGAUUAAUACACUUAUAUGUUUUUCAAUUUAAUAAAAAGUAUAUUUUAUAAUU